GCAUUUUCUUCGCUCGUAGUCUCUCUAAGUUUAUCAUUAGCUAAGAGAGUAACGGACCUCCAUUGCAUAUCGCAUGAGAAAGAACGGGACUCUCCGGUGUAGUCAUGUCUUUGCAGGAGAUUCAGUCCUGGUGGGAAGUGCCGUGUAUUGCACAUUUCUGCUCCUUGUUUAGAUCUGCAUUUGAUCUUCCAGAUUUUGAUAUUGAGGACUUGGAAGAAGCGCUGUUAGACUCAUCCAAGGACGAAAAUGUCUUCUUCAUGACAGAUUUGAUGUGUAAGCUUUUGAAGGGAUACUAUGGCAGAGAAGAUAUUGAAACAUAUAACUGUGAAGUGUUCCUAAAAGACACUUUAAAGUACAACUGGGAAAUGUUAGAGAAGAGGGAGAUUAACCCCCUUGCUGACUCUGAAUUUAAAUCCCUUCCACUGAGAACUAAAGUGGAGAUUCUGCAGAGUCUGUGUGACUACAGACUUGAUGCUACUGACAUUAUGGAUCAGCUGAAGGGAUUUGAUGGAGACAACAUGAGAAUAGAACCUCUAGGAAGGGAUGCCAUGGGAGCCAGUUACUGGUACUUUUACGGGAGUCGGCUGUACAAAGAAGAUCCCGAACCCGAGGACAUCAAACAAAAAACACAAAAACAAGAAAGAAAACCUAAAGUGGAAAAUAAUCAGAAGAAACAAAAGAAAAAACAGAAAAAUGUGAAAACUUCUAGAGGUCGAAGGAAAAAGAAAGGAAAAGAAGAGGAAAGCGAAGACAAUAAAGAAGAUGAAGAGGAUGAGGAUGAUUCAGAUUCUGGGGAGGAUGUCAGUCUGUCACAGCUAGCCACUAAAUCUACACCCAGGGGGAGAAAGAAGAUGGGAAAUGAUGAAAAUAAGACUCCUACCAGACAAAAGGGAAGAGUAGCAGAGAUUAAAGACAGUGAGGAACCUGAAGUCAGAAGAAGCAGUCGGGGGCGUAUUCUUACUAAGAAAGGAUCAUUUUAUAGUGAUCUGGAACAGAGCCCAGCUCCUAGACAGAACACCAGAAGCAGGAUAGUGACUCCAUCAAGUUCUGGUAGACGGAGAAUUCAAAGAUCUGCUGCAGUUGUAGAAAAAGACAUUAACAGUGAUUCUGGAAUUGAUGAAGAAAACUUGGAUGAAAAUAUCACUCCUCAAUCGUCUAGACAAGGUUCCAUGUCGAACAUCAAUGAUAACAAUACCCCAAGCACACGGAGUGGAAGGAAACAGAAGCAAAUGGGUGAUACUUCAGAUGCCCCAAAGUCAGGAAGGCGGGGACGGCCCCAGAGGAAGAACAGUAACAACAACAGCUCUUCUGCAUCCUCUCAAUCAACAUCCAGACUUUCCUCUCGUUGUAACUCUGAAGACAGUGCAGCUCGAGUGGAGGAAAGCAUGGCUCAAGCAGAGGAAAGCAUGACCAGUACUGAAAUUGAGAAAGAAGCUAAUGAAGAAAUGGAGACAACCAAUGGGGUUACUGAGAGAGAGAAAUCACCUGACCCAGCUGGGGAUGGUGAAGUGAACUUGUUAGGUAUGGAAGAGGCAGAGAAGGAAGAAAAGCUGGAAUCUGAGGCUCCAGACACUUCACAGGUCCAUAAUGAAAAAGUCCAACAAAAUGGUGAAAAUGAACCAGUACUAGAAAGUUCAGAGGCUGUACAGAAGAAUGAAGAGGAAGAGACAAAAGAAGACAUCAAGUCAGACAUGGCAGAUGAGAGUAAGGGGGAGAUUACUCUAGAUAAGGUUAAGUCAGAAACUAUGGAAGAUAUUAAGGAGGAGACAACUCUUGAUGAGGAAGAUACAAAAGAGGAACCGAAAAAACUACGUGCCCGGGCAACAGCUACCAGCACCAGUGUUAUCAGUGAGGGAGGAGAGAAAACUGCAUCAAAGAUGGAGGUCACAGAGAGAAAGGAACGUCCUCCAUUUCCAAAGCGACCGCUGAAUCCAAACGUUCGCUGGAAUCUGAUAUGUGUGGACAUGGAUGACUGGGAAGGCUUGGCAGAAUCACUGAAGGACAGCAAGAUCAAAUGUGAGCGUGACCUCUACAAAUGCAUUGUAGAAGACUUCUUACCAGCCAUUCCAGACAUCAUUGAGGCCAGGCAAAAAGAGAAGCUGAGACGAGAACAAGAGAACAUGCCUCGAAGGACAUCUUACAGAAUCGAGCUAAAGCGACUUGAACAAAUGGAACAGGAGAGAAUUUUGGCUGAAGCAAGAGCUGAGGAAGAAAAACAGAGACAGGCUGAGGAAGAGGAACGGAGAAAGAAACUAGAGGCUGAAAGAGAGGAAGAAGAAAAGAAAGCCAGGGAGGAAAGGCAAAGGGCGAGGGAGGAAAGGGCCAGGAGGUUAGCAUUGAGAGAACAGAGGGCUGCUCUUCUGGCAGAGGGUAAAGAAAUUCCUCCAGAACUGAUGUACGUCGCAAACCCGGGUAACAGCAAGUACGUCGAUGAUCAUGACAGUUACACAAACAAAGUUGAACUUGAUGAAGAAGUUGUUGAGGAAAUGAACAGAGUGCUAGAGAUGGUGAAGGCCCACAAAGAUGCCUGGCCAUUUGAGGAACCAGUCACAGAGGAGGAUGCGCCAGGUUACCAUGACAUCAUCAGGAGACCCAUGGAUCUGGCCACCAUUGAGAAAAAGUUGACUAACAGAGCUUACAGAACAAAAAACAGAUUUGUCCAGGAUCUGAACUUGAUGCUGGACAACUGUAGGCUGUACAAUGGGGAAAACAGUGAGCUUGGAGAAAUGGCUGCUAGACUUCAGAGAUUUGUGAAUAGGAUCGUCAAACAGCACCUAGAAAAACACGCAAAUUCUUAUGAAACUGACGUAGAUUUUCAUGUCAGUGGACUUGGUGGUAACAUCGAGAAAAAGUAUCGUCCCAAACGUGGUGCCAGUUCUCGUGCCCGAGACACUCUACGACAGGCCAUGGACGAUGAUGAGUUUGAGCAACUUACUUUAGAUGAUGAUGAUGAUGAUGAUUAUGAUGAUGAUUCUGACUCCAACAGCAGCAAUUCUAAACAUGGCAGGAAAAACCUGAAUCGACUCAUACCAGAGUUAUCUCCUGCUAUAAACCUCCGAGAGCUCAUCAAGAAGCCACUCGUCAUCAAUCCCAACUCAGACAGCAAGUUAGAAUGGGAUCCGGAGAAAAAGAUAGUGAGACUGAACGGACAGAAUCCAAUGAAUCCCCAAUUUGUAACUCGAGGUGAGACCCAGAAAUUCUCACCAUACCAGGUGAAAUCUGGGUCAGGGAGCAACUGCUUCAUUAUGGACUCGUCUGGUAAUCUUCAGACCUCUGUCAAACACAAUGGAAAGACCUUCAUCUACCAGCAAAAAUAUGCUAAAGCCUCAAAAUCUACCACACCCAACCAGCAGAGAAGUCUUUUGUCAACUGUUUCACAUGCUCAGAAAACACCAGAAAAGUUACCUGGUCAAUCUGAGGUUUUGGCAGGUCAUGGACAAAGUGGGGGCACAGUCAAGGUCAGCAUGCCGAUAACACAGACAGCCUUGACCCCAGGGAACCAGUUUGUUGUUCAGACGCCACAAGGACCUAAAACCAUACGCAUCGUGUCCAGCCCAGCACAGACUGUAUCCUCAGCUCCCUCCACAGUGGUUAGCCAGGCACAGACAGCCACCACAGUGUCAUCGGAAGGCAUCAAAGUGUCAGCAGGCAUGCUUGUGGUAGAUGGACAGAUCACAGGAAUCCCUGUGUCAGGGAAAACGAGAAUCAUCUAUAAAGCUCCAUCUGGUAUAGGGUCUCCUGUUAUGUCCUCAGGAAAAACUGUAGUUAAACUUGUCACAACACCAGAUGGCAAUAAGGUCCUACAGAGUGUAGGACAGCCUGCCAUUAUCAGAGCCAUGGCAACACAGCCUCAGAGGCCAGCUACUCAAUCACAGCCAGCCAUCAUACAGGCCCCACCCACCAGGCAAACCAUUAUCCAAUCACCAUCCAUCAGUCAAACUAUCAUCCAAUCACCAGCCAUCAGAAUGGCUACCCCUGUGGCUAAGUUACAGGCCAAGGGACGCCUCAUACCAGAGCUUUCAGCAGAAUCAGGUUUUAGUGGGUUUGUCCCAACCAAUUUAGAAGAGGGGGUCAAUUCGUCAAUAUCAACUCCUCAGAACUCAGUAGCUUCCGCCAUAAUGAAGAGUGUGGAGACCAAACCCAUACAUAACCAAGCCCAGAAUGUUAUUCUCAGCAUGCUGCCUGGGAACGACUUACUAUUGCCAAGCCCAGUACAAAAUAUCAAUAAAUACAUUGAUGAUGAAGUGUAUGCAAGUAUAGGUGGAGACCAGAUGAAACAAAAUGUGACAGCAGACAUUGACACAGUUACCAGUGAUCAAAGCAGUGUGGUUGAUCAGGUGAUGGAAAGUGCCGCCAGUGUUACACUCCCACUGAAACGAAAACUAGAAACUCCUGACAGUGAGAUACCCCUCAAAUUGUGGCAGGGAAGUGAGAGAGUAAUAGAAAACCAGGAUAUUUCUACUGUGACUCAAAUACCCACCGUGUCCUCAAUACCAACAGGUGUUACCACUGAACCGAUAGUUUCCAAUGUUCCUGUAGGUUCAACUGUGCGUAUAGUAUCAAGUACACCAGUGAUUUCCAAUUUCCCAGCUGUGUCCAGUGUUCUCGGAAGUCCCAGUGUACAGUUAGUUUCCAGUGCAUCAGAAGUCUCCAGUUUGGGAUCCGGUGCACAGCUUGUGUCCUCUGUGCCAGUACUUUCCACUGUCUCAGUGGGGUCUGCCAUUCAGAUCAUGCCAUUGAUAACUUGUGGUGUAAAUGUGACAUCUCAAAACAAAGUAGUGGUGGAGAAUUCAAGUAAGAAAGGCAAUUUAUUUGACAAUUUAGAGACACUUGUACCUAACACCAAACCUUCUGCUGUGACAAAUGGGAUUUUUGACCAGGGUCCUCUAAAUCCAAGUUCAUCUCCGCCCAAAGCCUCACCCCCAGUCUUUAAGCUGUCCCCAGAAGUGAUGAACAAAGUCUCUAUGUUUGCUGCCAACCUCCACUCCAAUUCUCUUACCAGUAAACUACAGGGAUUAACAAAAUCACCAUCUAAAUCUGCACCCGUACAAAGUUUAAAUAUUGCUGACAUUGUGUUGACAAAUCCAGUCGCAGCAACAUCUUCAAACCUCACUACCUUAGCAACUGCAAUACCAAAGGAAACAGUGGCAUUAGUGGAUUCUGGGAGCAUGGAGGCUACUAACUCAUCUCAACCAGAAAUGCAUGUUACAGGGCCCCAGCUUACCACAGAGCAGUUGGUGGAGGCAGGCUUGGUGCCAAAACAAGACCAUGUUUGACAACAGACUUCGCUAGAUCUACUUUUACCAACCACAGAAACAGUCAAAACAUCAGCCGGACUGAGGACAGAGUACCAGUGUAUGUGAACCAGUUACAGAUGGAGAGAAUUUGCAUUUGUCAUCAAUGUGUCAGUAUAUAUUAUUAAAUGUGAAAUCAGAAUUCAACUUUUGGGAUGAUGACUGAAACUUUAUUUCAUGGCUGAAACAAAUCUGUUUGUAUCAUUUACUGAGGGUAUUUGUGCAAGACAAAACUAUAUUUGUUUUUUCUUGUUUAAUAACAUUUUAUGUUAUUUACAAUUUUGAUGUUCUCUGUGAUGCUACAUAACAUUUAAUUGUUCAUAACUGAUUCAUCUAUUGAUAUGUGUAAAAAUAGAAUGCUUUUUUCUACAUUUCUUUUUUUAUUUUAAUCAUAUAAUUCAUUGUAAUUUAUUUAUAGAAAAUUAUGAUCUUGCAAAAGAUAUGUUGAAUUUAAUAUCCAAAUCAUUUUCACUGACUUUCCAUGCUGUAUAUGAUAGAUGAAAUAGGUUUACGAGACCUUACUAACAUUUGUUGUUGUAAGCGGUGUACGGUGGAAGCUUAUCACUGUGUGUUAGGGCAUUUAUUUUUUUUAAUAAAACUUUUUCAUUUGAAUUUUAUGACACAUUUAACUGUUUGAUGAUCUUCGUGUCAGUAACAAAUUAAAAAAAAGUAUUUGAUUUUC